UUGCUUUGGGCCCGCGGUCCCUGGCGAAGCUGGCUGAAGUAAACAAACAGACGACGCGGCGAUGGCGGCUGUCACUGCGAAGCCCAUUCUGUUCCUGGAGGAGAAUCAGUAUUCAAAUUUUGAGUGGAUUGGUGAGAGCCAGGAUGGGUCCCUGCUGUGCCGCUGGGAGGAGGAGGUGCUGGUCAAGGGUCCAGUGGAGGGGGAGGGCGAGGGUGGCCCACAGGAAGCCACAAGCUCACUUGCCUUUGCAACACAGGUUGCCAUUGCUUCCCCAGACCUUUAUUCAGCCCAGGUCUUGUACACAUUUGACAAGGUUGUGCCCGUUGUGCAGGCCUCUGUCAAUGCCUCCAGGACACUGCUAGCCUUUGUGACGCGCCGCAGUGUGGGCGAUGGCAACAAGUACUCAGCUUAUGUGAGUGAGGUGGCACCACAGGGCGGUGUGUUCUCCCUCAACAUUGAUUGCUCCAGACAGAUACUGCUUGAGUUCCUGCACACAGAAGAAACUGGAAAGCCUCUUGGAGACAGCUGGAUUGCCAAACUGCUGGUGUUUGUUCAUAGGGAGUCCAUUGCUAUUUACUCGUUCCCUCUGAGCCUGAGAGAUGAAGGCUCCUGGGUGGUGGAGGACCAGCCUCUCACAGAGUCGGUGGUGCGGUCCUUCGUGUGGGCACAGUGGGAGCCGCGCCACAACCACCUCUACUACCUGCACUACAGGCCCCCACCAGAAGCCGGCCUCACACUGGGUUCUGGAGAGCCUGAGGAAGAUGCUCUCCGGCCACGCCCCAUGUUGACGGCCCUGCAGUUUCAUCCUGGCAAGCCACAUGAGACAGUGCUGAAUGUUCCCUUGGAGUUGUCUGGGCUGGAACACUCCCCACUGGACCUGAGUGGGGACUACCGGGACCAAGGGCUGCUGCACUCUGUGGGGGACGCCUGGCUGGACCUACGGGUGGUCACCUCGCCCUCUGGUGCUGUCUGCAUCUGUCAUCAUUAUAUCUACAAGUCAAGGCUGGCAGAGACACCAGCAGACCCUGAAAGCUGUGCAGUGUACUUGGCUUACUCAGUGACUCUGCUGCAUCACGGCUGUGUGCUACACACUGUGGUGCCAGGGGUGCCCUGGGGACAUGCCCACUCUGCUCUGCCCACGUACUCUCUGUUUGGAGAGCACUACCUGCUGGUCAUCGUGCCGGGCGUGUGCAUGCACAUGCUGGACAUGGGCCUGGACCACAUGCCCAACAACCAUAUUGUGACCACACCGCCCCCUCAGUUGCUGCCCAACGCACACCUCUUCCAGAUUGUGAGUGGCAAGGUGCUUUCCGGCCGCAGCAUCACCUUUGUGGAUGGUGUGAACCAGAUGACAGUGGAGGUGAGGGUGACCAAGGAGUCUCUCUUCUCCCUCUUCAAAAGCUCCACCAUUCUCAGCACUCGCUUGGCCAUCCUGCACCUGGCGGCUGUGCACGACAAGGAUCACGACCUGUCCCGUAAGCUGAUGUGGAGUGUGUGUGAGGACCCGCACAACCUGGACACUCCGUCAUUACUGCAGGAGUACCUUGUGGGGGAGACAUACGCCGCUGUACACAAGCACAUCGACUCAGACGCUGCCCACCUGCUCUCCUUGCUGCCCAUCACCACGGCACCCUUCACCACCGACACUGAGUACAUUGAGUCUCCGGCUGAAGAGAAUGUGCGCAUCUCCUACUGCCUGCUGGAGAAUGCUUGCAUCAUGCUGCUGUCGCCCAGGGAGAGGGUGGUGCGCUCCCUGACAGACACGUGGACCAGGCUUUGGGAACACACCACCACACGCCACCACCACCGCUUCUCCCUCACUGACGUGGUGGAGAAGCUCAUGGUGUCUCUCGACACGUACAAACCUGAAGCGUUGUCCCAGGGCAGCACUCCUGUGUCGCCAGCCAGUCCUCUGGUGGGUGGCCUGACCAUCACCUCGCUGGGACUGACACUGGCACACCUCAUGUUUGAUCCUCUGCCCUUCAAUGAGGCUGAGAACACAACCUCCUCCAAGCUAGAGCACCUCCUGUCUGUGAACCUUCGAGAGCUGAGCAUGUACUGCCUGAAGCACUUCCCCCACGAGUCCCCCAUGAGGGUGCACGCCGUGGCCAGCAAGUACGUCUGCACUCAGCUCCAGGUGUCCCGGCGGCUGUGCUCCAUCCUGUGCUCCUCCCAGACCCUGAUUCCCACUGAGAAGAGUGAGAAAGGCUUCACCUUCAUUGAGCAGCUGGAUGAGGGCGUGGCCAGCCGCCUGUUCACCCUUCUGGAGCGCUACCACUCAGCUACCGAGGCUGUGGCGUACCCACUCCCCCAGGGCUACAACUCCUUCCUGGCAUACCUGGCCCACCGCUGCCUGCCCCACUCAGUGUUCAUGCAGUAUGUGCGGCGCGGUGUGCUCCAGCUCAAUGUGGAUGUGCUGAGGGAGAUUGUGUAUGACCUGGAUGACACUCCACAGAAUGUGGAGAAGAAGCUGGAGAUAAUAUCAUCUGUUCCUCUGGUGAGAAGUCUGAGGACUCUGCAGUUUUGGCAACACCCGAUGUCCCUCAUACUGCGAUCCAGGCUGCACGCAGGGUCCAUUCUAGCCGGUGAGGGUCCCGGUCAGCCCCGCACACCCACCCAGUCUGCCCGCAUCAAUGCCCAGCACCUCGAGACCAAAGGACUAUCAGCAUUCCCCACAUCAGACAGACUCUCUCCUUAUGACACAUUUCUCGAUCUCCUGACUGCCAAAGCCAACCUGACAGACCUAGACUUGGGUCUGCUGUAUGAGGGGACCAUGGCUUCCUUCGAGUACAUCAAAUCUGACCUAGGGAGUGACUGUGUGGGCUCCAGACUGUGAGCUGCUCGUGGCUACCCUGGUGUCUCUGCUAAACUGUGCCAAAGAUAGUGUAGCAUAGAGGUGUAGCAUCAUUACAGGUGGUGUGUGUCAGGCAGGUGAGGCUAAAUUCAGCUAGUAUAAUGUUUUGGAUUCUCCAUUAUGCUGCAACUUGAAAUUAGAAGCGGAAUUAUUUAUUGUGCAUUUAAGGCAUUUACAGCUUUACGUACUGUCAAGUGCCGCUUUGAGUUUCUAUCUUGCAUUAUUCAUUCAGUGUGGGAUUUUUUCAGCAUAUUCCCCAUUAUAGUCAGUCAGGUGAGUGUAAAUUUGGCUACUAUAAUGUUUUGUGUUCUCUCUUAUUCUGCAACCUGAAAUUAGAAACAGUUAUUUGUUGUGCAUUUAAGAUGUUUUUGUCAGAAGCCAAGGUGUGUUUUUUUUAUUAUGUAAUAUUCAAUCAGUGUGGGAUUUUUCAGUGUAUUCCUCAUUAGCAGUGUUUGUGAUGCCUUGGAUUCAUGCCUCCCCGUUCAUUAUUGCUUCAACAGACAUGAGGCCGUGAAUGCAUUCCAUUAAUUUUCUCAUCAUGUGCUUUGCUCUGCAUGUAUGCAUUGCUAAAACAAGAAAGGUUAACUUGUUAGCUUAAGAAUUACCUGUGUUCAAUAUUAUGGUAGUGCUGUCAAUCCUCACCAAACACAAAUCUGCCAAGCAUGAACUAGGUAAAAUAUCCAAAAAUUUAUCCAGCAUGUCUGUUUUACUGUCUUUCCAUUUACUAUGCUGGUGUCCCCACAGAGGUAGGCAGCUAAGAAAUGGUGCCUAUGUUCUUGGAUUCCCAAAUGCUUGAAUCACAUGUGCCAGGUCCUGACUUAUGUUUCAACUUAUGAAGGGCAAUGUGAGUCAGCAAGUUAAAGGGAUUUUGCUGAGCAGAUAAUUUUCAAUGCACAAUGGGGUCAGGAACCUGAUUGUCAUGUUGGUGAGGGUAGGCAGGACUUGUAAAUCUGUGUUUCUAAUUCCAGUGGGAGAGAACACUGGAAGACUUAUUUACACAUCCCUUAUGAACCUGACUGUAAUUGUGAUUCUUUCAUUAACCCAUUCAGUGCAACAGGCAGCUUCUGUACUUAAUGAAAUCAACCAUCAUUAGUCAGAGUAAAUAAGAUAGUCAUAGUGCAUGUGCAGCUAAAUCAUGUGUACCACUUUAAUUAUGAACAAUAUCUGGAAUAUAAUGAAACUGAUGCUUUGGCAGUGAAAGGGUUAAUGGUGUAGUUGAGGAUUGUAUUAGCAAGACAUUAUUGCUGGCCUGUCUCUAGUCACUGAAGGAGAGUUAAGUUGUGGUGCUUAUUUUACUAUAUACUAUGUGCUGUACUGUGCCAAAUGUUUGUCCUUACACUGUUUCAGGUGCCCUGGAGAAGUGUAGGAGGCAGUGUGUACCGAGAUCCAGUGUAAGGCAGGAAUUUAUUACCUCCAGCCAACUCUUAAUGAUUUUAGGUGCAAGUUUAUGUAAUUACAGCUCUGUUAUAGUAUUCUCUCAGUGUUUCUUUUGGGAAUUUAUGUUGUAUUGGGGAAAUAUUAAUAUGUUGGUGUGAAAGAGCUUAUAGAGAUACAGGAUUGUCCUUGAAUGUAUCUGUACCUUAAUCUAUAUCUAAGGGUGCAUCCAUACUGCUGCUCAAACAUGCAUUUGCAACAUGUAAGCAAUACAUUACCAAACAAGCUGUUAACAUGUGGUGAACUGUUGUGUCCAGAUAUUAUUGGAAGCAGUGGUUGCAAACAUGUGCAGCACGCUGAUGUUGAUGGGUUAUAGGAAUCCUCUGUUGCUAGGUAAUGCAGUGUUAAUGCCAAGCAGUCAGCUUAUUGUUUAUUGGUGUCUUGUUUACAUAUAUGUUAGCUAAUCUUACAUAGCAGUAAUUCAUAAUCAUAUGCAGAUAUUACAUAUAUUUCAUCAGCUAAGGUGACUUUCAAAUAAGAUGAUCCCCAAAUUUCAGUCUGAAUGUAAUGGUUUUAGCUGAUAUUCAUGGUACAAGAUGACAUGCAAACUACCAAACCAUCUGUGGCGAAGUUUGGGUCAGUGAGCACCAGACAACUGAGAUGGUGAUAUACCAAUACAAUGAAUAAAAUACCUUGAAUGUAUUACCAUUAAUAAGGUACCAUCAUCUUAAAGCAUAAAACUAAACCUAGAGUAAAAUUUCCAUCAAGUGUUUUUGUACAUUUUCAUGAAAAAGGAUGGAUGGACUAAGAUUGCAUAAAAAAUUACAUGAGUUACAAUCAGUUCUCCUAAACAUAAACAAACCCUUGCCUUGCACCACCUGUGCGUGUUGGGCUGUCAGCCGCAAUCUUCUCCUAUAUAUCAUCUUUUUCAGUUAGAUACACUGAUGUUCUUGGAAUUUUUUCUCAGUAUAUGGAUUUCAUCCCUAUAUAAUAUUGCAAGCUGGAGAGAUUCAUCAUCUCCCCAAUUUGCUUUCCUUUGCUGCUUAGCUUGGGGUUCCCUGCCUUGAAGACCUUUAUAUAGCUCCUUUAGCUUUUUGGAAAAACUGGGAAAUAUUCACACAUCCUCCUACUUUGUCUGUUUGUAAGUAAUGUCAGCAGAGGUUUGUAGUUGUACCACAUUAAAUUUUGUUUACACACUUUUCAACUGGUAAACGUUUCAGUGCAUUUUCUCAAAAUGAAUU